CGUGGAUGUACGGCUUUGACUACCUACACAAUGGAGAGCCCUCAUGAGCAUCAACAGAACUUGCUGCUGUCACGCAUUAUUACCAACGUGGAAAAACUCAACGAGGCUGUAGUUGUAAUGAACAAGGCUUUGCAGGAAAUCAACAUCCAAAACAUGAACAUUGAGCUGGUUGCGCAAAUGUUCAAGAACUACCAGUCUAACGUGCUAUUUCACCUUGAAGCUACUGACAACCUGAAAGAGCCGUCUUGAUAUUCUCUGUCGUGGUCGUUAUCGAAUCAAGCUUACCUAUCUCGGGGAAAGAUAGCGGAAUCAAAGAGAUACCCAACAGACAUCAUUGAAAUGAAAUACCAUACUUGAAGUACCU